UCAGACUCUUUACCUGUUCAUGUUGUGUCCAUGCCACAUGGAACAAUGGUUGCCAAAGCCUACUGCAAAAAGAGAUUGGACUUCUGUUUUCCACCCCAAUUUUCAGGGACCCUUCCACCCCCGAGGGGCAAUGGAUUUCAUUUAUCGAAAAUAAAAUGUGUGAUAAAUUUUUUUGAUUCCCUGCAGGUUACAUGCUGCUAUUUCGAAGAAGGAUAUGCAGAUACCGAUAUUUAUGUUUUGGAUGACCUAUGCUAUGGUCAUGAAAUCACAGGACCUGCAAUUAUUAUCGAUGCUAAUUGUACUAUCCUUGUUGAACCAUACUGUGUAGCAUCUGUGACAAAAGAUGGUAGUAUUUUUAUAAAGGUUGGAGAUGAAAAUGAGCAUAAAACUUUGUCUCUGGAACUUGACAUGAUCCAUUUGUCAAUAUUUUCACAUCGUUUCAUGAGUAUUGCUGAGCAGAUGGGAAAAAUUCUACAAAGGACAUCUGUGUCUACAAAUAUUAAAGAGAGGCUAGAUUUUUCUUGUGCUCUUUUUGGUCCUGAUGGAGGCUUAGUUUCGAAUGCACCUCACAUUCCUGUGCAUUUAGGGGCAAUGCAAGAAGCGGUGCAAUUUCAGUUGAAAUACUUAGGCGACAGUAUUCAUAAUGGUGAUGUUAUUCUAUCCAAUCAUCCAUGUGCAGGCGGCAGUCAUCUUCCAGAUCUGACUGUUAUCACACCAGUAUUUUAUGGUGAAUUUAAGAAACCUGUAUUUUUUGUCGCCUGCCGAGGCCAUCAUGCUGACAUUGGUGGCCUGACUCCAGGGUCUAUGCCUCCUCAUUCAAGAUCUUUACUUCAAGAAGGUGCAACAUUUGUAUCAUUCAAACUUGUAAAAGAUGGUGCAUUUCAAGAAGAAGGUAAGCUACUUUAAUAAUGUUGUAUUUCU